UUUCUGGCGAUGCCGUAGACUGAGCCCGAUCGACUUGACCGCCAUCAGUACGCGGCUUUCGGGUCUUCGAGCUACGGGUGCUGGGAUUUCUUGAACGAGACAGAUGCCGCGAGUGUGAUCGAGAAGCAUGUGGAUUCCGUUUGAUGAGCGCACAAGCAUAGCUGUUCCUGACGCAUUGCAUCAUGAGACGUUCGCCUCUCUCUAUCUGGGAAGCCCUGCAAUCUGGAAGACAGAUGUCUGCUCGAUCGGCUCCCUGCGGAAAUGGCUCGAAACCGACAAGAAAUUUGGCUACGUUACAGACGAAGAGCACCGGAGUCACGAUGAGAUUGUGCUGGGCGGGGAUUAUACUGGCCCACUCAAUUGGCGUUUCGCAACCAUGACUGAGUCAACUUUCGCUAAUAUACAGUCACAGGUGCAAAGCUGCCAUGGUUGGGCUGAAAGAUCUCCCGCGCUUGAUCCUGACCGUCAAGCCAUCGACGAGCAUUUUAUCUUCAUCUUUGGUGCGGAUGACGCUGUUAGCCGGGGGAGCUCGCUCAGACGACGGCUGACGAAAGUCGUAAAUCCAGGUUGCUACCGGAUGUUGAUAUUUCGUGGUGCCCGGCGGACACUGGGUAUAAGAUAAGCAGAUCGCACGUGUGUCGACGAACCUGAAGAGCUUGGAUGGUUAGGGUUGGCGGAGGCUUGCCGUGAGUAGUUCAUCAUGGUUGCGGAUGCAUGCUAGACCAUAACUCGGCAGGAGAUGACCAGAGAGCUGGUAUAACAGUUACAUACGAUACGUCGAUUCGGGAGCAUACGUACUCGCCGUUCCACGAAAU